AUGGAUCACUAUGAAGCCCUUGGAAUACCACCUACUGCUCGUCCUGACCAGAUUCGCCGCGCAUAUAAAGCCAAGGCUUUAGAAACACAUCCAGAUAAAGCUUCCACUGAAGACAAACUGGCAGCCGAGGCCAGAUUUCACCAGGUUCAGCAAGCGUUCGAGGUGUUGAGCGACCCCUUCAAACGACGGACUUAUGAUAUCCAACAAGGGUAUCCGAAGUUAAAAACCGCCUCCGAUACUCAGUCUCGACGAAACCGAGAAAGGGAAGCAUGGGCGUUGAAGAGCUGGCAAGAGUCCGAAGAGCAUUUUCGGCUACUGAGGCAGCAAGCACGAGAUGAUAGAACACGCCAAGAGGUCGAAUACAAGGCGAUGGUGGAGCGCAUAUUGGCUGAGUUCCAUCGCCAGAAUCCAGAGUGGAAGUCACGACAACAGCAUAUAAACUCACGAGUGCGUCAGCUGUGA